AUGCACAAGUUCUACUCGGGCGCGUUCUUUAACUUCGAGGCGGUGCGCAUCCUCGGCACGGCGCGGUACGGGGGCGCCGACGUGGCCGAGUUCCUCGAGGCGGUGGGCGAGAUCCGCGAGAACGACGCGGGCAGCUGGCACGCGGCGUGGGCUCGGCAGGCGGAGCGGGCCGAGGCACUCGCCGAGCAGGCCCAGCACGACGGCCACCGCGCCGCCGCCCGCUCGGGCUUCCUGCGCGCCGCCAACUACGCCCGCGCGUCGUCGUACAUGAUGACGGGCAGCACGCUCGGCUCCUCGGACCCGCGCGCCGCAGCCAUCCUGCGCACGUCGGCCGCCCUGUUCGCCCGCGCCCUGGCCCUCUUCGACACCCCCGUGCACACGCUGCACAUCCCCUACAAGGAGGACGGCGUGUCCCUGUCGCUGCCGGCAUAUCUGUACCUGCCAGCACCAAAGACCCAACAGACAGAAUCCACCGGAGAAGGAAAAGCCCGGGGCCAGACCGCCACCACCACCACCGCCACCACGCCCACUACCACCACCACCACGCCCGUCGUCAUCAGCCUCAUCGGCGCCGACUCAACACAGGAAGAGAUCUACCACAUGCUGCCGGCGGCCGGGCCCGAGCUGGGCUACGCCGUGCUGACCCUCGAGGGUCCCGGGCAGGGACUGACGCUGCACGAGCACGGCGUGGCGAUGCGGGCCGACUGGGGCGCCGUGACGGGCGCCGCGCUGGACGCGCUGGCCGAACACGGGCGCGCACACCCCGGCCUCGACCUCGACAUGGGCCGCGUGGCCGUCGCCGGCGCGUCGCUCGGCGCCUACUUUGCGCUGCGGUCCGCGGCGGCCGACGCACGGCUCGCGGCCUGCGUCGCCAUCGACCCCGUGUACGACCUGUGGGAGUUCGCGUCGCGCCACGUGGCCCCGACCCUCUUCGGGCUGUGGGACCGCGGCUGGAUCCCCGACUGGGCCGUCAACGCGGCCGUGCUGCAGAGCGCGCGCGUCUCGUUCCAGUCGCGCUGGGAGAUCUUCACGUCGGCCCGCUUCCUCGGCGCAGAGUCGCCCGUCGGCAUCCUGCGCGCCAUGAAGCAGUUUACCCUCCGGAGGGACGCUGGCGCUCAGGGGGAGGGGCAGGGGCAGGGGCAGGGGCAGUGGCAGGGGCAGGGGGAGAGGGAGGGAGAGCGGGAGGGAGAGCGGGAGGGAGAGCGGGAGGGAGAGGGAAAGGGGCAGGGGGAGGGGCAGGGAGAGCGGGAGGGGGAGGGGGAGAAGAAGGCCGGCAGCUACCUGGAGGAUGUCGUGUGUCCGACGCUGGUUACGGGCGCGGCCGACUCGCUGUACUUUGACGUCGACGAGCACACGGCGGCCGUGUUUGACCGGCUGGGCGCGGCCGACAAGGAGCUGUGGGUCGGGGCCUCGCCGGGCCAGGGCAGCCUCCAGGCUAAAAUGGGGGCCCUGGGGCUCUGCAACCAGCGCGUCUUUGCCUUUCUCGACCGGCACUUGGGCGUGCAGAGGGAGGCGCUGGGCUGAAUUCCUUUCCUGGUCUUGUUGGACCGUUGGCUGAAUUCCUUUCCUGGUUUUGUUGGACCGUUGGCUGAAUUCCUAUUCCUGGUUUUGUUGGACCGUUGGGCCGUUGGAGCUGCGUCGCCGACGGUGUGUGUGUGUGCGUGUGUGUGUGCGUGGUGUGUGUGUGUGUGUGUGCGUGGUGUGUGUGCGUGUGUGUGCGUGUUUGUGUGUGUGUGUCUGUGUGUGUGUGUGUGCCGAGAAUAACGAAUCCAAGCAAGCAAGCACAUGACGCGGCGGCGCUCUCUAAGCUGCAGAUUUGCAGUCUCUCCCCUCUACGGCACAUGCCCCCUCCCCUCCCCC